AUGAUAACUGGUCCAAGACAGCUGAGAAAUGACAUUGAUGUGUAUCUUGCUGCGUUGAUUGAAGACCUGAUAAAAUUGUGGGUAGAAGGGGUUGAUGUGUAUGAUGCCAGUGUUCAGCAUAGCUUCAGGUUGCAUGCAAUGAUAUUUUGCACUAUUAACGACUUUCCAGCUUAUGGGAAUUUGAGCGGGUAUAGUGUGAAAGGACACCAUGCAUGUCCUAUAUGUGAGAAAGACACAAGUUACCUCCAACUAAAGCAUGGAAAGAAUACAGUGUAUACAAGGCAUCGAAGAUUUUUAAAACCUUAUCACCUAUAUCAGCGAAUGAAGAAAGCAAUUAAUGGAAAAUCUGAGAUUGAAAGUGCACCAAAGUUGUUGACCAGACACAAAGUUUUUCAUCGGGCAAAGGACAUCAUCACUCUCUAUGGGAAGACACAAAAAAAGGAUGGGUCUGACAAGAACAUUUGGAAGAAAAGCAAAGUCAUCGACCCUCAACAGUUGGAUGAUUUGGAAAAUGAGGCUUUGAUUAUCAUCUGUCAGUUGGAGAUGUAUUUUCCACCAUCAUUUUUUGACAUUGUCUUGAAAAGUUAUACAAAGAAUCAAUAUCGACCUGAAGCAAGCAUUGUCGAAAGGUACGUUGUAGAAGAAGCCAUUGAGUUCUGUUCUGACUAUAUAGAAAGUAGUGCACAUGUUGGCCUUCCUCAAAGUCGUCAUGAGUGCACACCGCAAGGUAGGGGAACACGGGGAUUUAAUGUUGUGACCAUAGAUUGCAAACAGGUUUCACAAGCCCAUCUAUAUGUACUGAACAACAUAUUAGACAUAAUCCCAUACAUAGAUGCUCACAAACAAAAUGUGGCAGCAACUAUCCCAAAGAUGAACAUGAUGAAGGUCUUUCAAGAGCACAAUAGGAGUAUCAUUAACUGGUUUAGAAAAACUAUCAUCACUAAUGACACUGCUUCUACCACUUUAAACCUGUUAGCUGUUAGGCCAAAUCUCAAUGUCCUUACUUGGAAGGGCUAUGAUAUCAACAACUAUUCUUUCUACCCAGAGUCACAAGAUCACAAAAGUACUGUGCAGAACAGUGGGAUCACUGUUGAUGCUCAUUCAGAUCACUUUAGCAGUGUAGUAGAUAAUAAUCCAGUACGAGCUUCCAUGCCUUAUUUUGGAGUGAUUCAAGAAAUGUGGGAGCUUGAUGAUGGUCAAUUUAGAGUCCCUGUUGUAACACCCUGA